GCGGCGGGGCGGCGGCGGCGGCGGCGGCGCGGAGGAUGAAGUGGAGCGUGCGGGGAGCCUGCGCCGCGCUCUCCAGCUGCCUCCUGCUCGCCUGCGCGCUCAGCGCCGCCGCCGUGGGCCUCAAGUGCUUCUCGCUGGGCUCGGAGCUGAAAGGCGAGCCGUUCCGCCUGGGCACCGCCGCCGGCGCCUUCUACUCGGGGCUGCUGCUGGCCGCCGGCCUCUCGCUGCUCGCCGCCGCGCUGCUCUGCUGCCGCCCGCCCGACGACGCCCCGGCGGCCGCUGCGGCCCCGAUCGCGGCCGGGGGGGACGCGGAGCCGGCGGGCGGCGGGUCGGCGGGGGAGGCGGCGGCGGCCGCGCCGUCGGGGGCGGCGGAGAAGGCGCCGCCGGGGGGCCGGCAGAACUUCCUGCUGCUGGGGGUGCUGGUGUUCAUGCUGGGCGUGCUGAGCGCCUUCGCCGGCGCCGUCAUCGACGGCGACACCGUAUCGCUGGUGGAGAGGAAGUACUCGCACUACUGCCUGCUGCAGGGCGGCUCGGCGGGGCGCCCCCGCGCCGGCCCCGACGGCUCCGCCGCCGCGCUGCGCUGCCAGAAGCUGCGGGACUACCAGCGCGGCUUGGUGCUCUCCACCGUCUUCAACGCGCUGGAGUGCCUCCUCGGCCUGCUCAACCUGCUCCUCGUCAAGAACUACAAGGCCUCGCAGCAGCGCGGGCGGCGGCGGCGGCGGCGGAGGGCGGCCCCGGCGGGCGGCAGACGGCGGAGGCGGCGGGGCGGCCCCGGGGCGCGGCGGGCGCCGCGGCACAGCCAGGGAUCGCUGUUUUCGGGCGGGGAGCCCGAGCUCGACCCCGGAGACUGCCCCUUCCAAGCCGUCUCCUACAUCAACGUGGGCGUCUUCCACGUCUUCGACGAGGCCGGCGUGGAGGUGCACUGCGGCGGGCAUCCCUCCGUCGAGCUGCCCGGCUACUCGCCCAUGGACCCCGAGCUCAACGCCUCCUACCCCUACUGCUACCCGCUGCCCAGCGAGCAGCCCCCCGCCUACGAGGAGAUCUACCCCGCGGAGCCCUACGGGCACGGCACCUAGAGCCAGCGCCGCGGGACGCCCGGGGCAGCGCCGGCCCUCGCCCGGCGCAGGGACAGCGCGGCGCCUCUGGCUCUGACGAACCUUCGCUUCUCUCCCUCCGUGAAGCUUCUCCCUCUCCCCGUGAGCCUUCUCCUCCUCCCUCUCUCC